AUGAUUGCACUCAUUGUCAAGAAAACGAUCGUUGUACAUACUUCACUCGAUCGUCCGUCACAAAAUCCUGAAUUAAAAACUUCAGAAGCACGAACAAAUUGGAACGCUAAUUCAUCACGCACGUGCCAUGUUACUAAUAGAGUUAGAAAUCCUGUGGCUGCUGCAGCGAGUUUGCGCAAUCAACUUCGGAAAGCUAAAGAUGAUAGAAAGAAAAAAACACCCGCUCUUGAAGGAGAGAUAAACGAGACUUUGACUUUUGAUGAUGUUUAUAAUGCAAGGCGGUUACCUAGAUCAUGGAGAUGUAUUGGGGAUAUAAGCCUUGCUGAUUUCUGUGCAUAUUACAUUUAUCGCAAGAAUUUCCCAUUCAUUAGCCAUAUCUGA